UCUUUUUAUUCCUUCUGAUCUUUCUUGGCUCUUCAUGUUCUUUCUUCAUUACACUCCAGAAUUUUCACAUCCCAGUAGAUUGCGACUUCCUGAACUAUGUCCCAAUCAGGUGAUCGUCUCAAGCAGUUGGAAGAGAUCGAAAAGGAUAUAGUGAAGGUUAUACGAAGUGCAGGAGAAACUUUAGAAGAACUGGCUAAAGAGGCCCCUUCAGAGGACCGUAUCAACUCAACAGCCACCAGGUUUCUGAAGUCUUUAGAGGGUGUUGAGAAAGGUUUAAGUGAGCAGAUUGGUUACCUGACCCAAGUCGCUACUGGUCAGCCACAUGAAGGUUCUACUUAUGGAGCUGAAAAGGACUUUGAGUUGUUACGCUGCAGAACCAAAACAAUUAAAGAUCAGCUGGUAGAGAUACAUCAGCAAGGGACACAUCAAGCAUCUGAAAUGAAGUGAUGAGAGUCUCUCGAGAACCCAGUAGCACAGCAUGACCCUUUCCCUUCUCUUUGCAUGUGCUGGUACGGCCUAGAGGCAGAGCACAGCAGUCCUUGAACGUUGACCGGUGGAGUCCAUAACCACUGGUUUUUGACGUUUUUGGGCAGUAGGGUUUUACAGAGGCUCUGAGGAUGGAGUAAAAGUAAACCACUAUUGUUGGAGCAUGGAGCAGUAAAAACGAUGUCAAACUACGUACAUUUCUUCUAGAACGUCUAGAGUUUGGUCAGUGGGGAAAAGACGUUUUUAAAAAUAAAACUGAAAAGCGAUCUAGACUUCUCGUAAAUGCAACAACAAUUACGUGAAAUUUCCUUUUUACCUGAGGCUAAGAGUUUCUGCUGAAUUAUAUUUCUUACUUAUACCCUCGGAAAAGGAAAACUUCCUCUAUGUUUUCGCGAAAAAACUUUUUUCUUUUAAAAUUUUCCCCAUAACAUAGAAAUUGCAACUAGAAAAUGAAAUAUCAAGGAGUGAGAUUUUUCUUCUUAGAACUUUCGACCAAUUCUAUACCCAGCUAUAGAAUUAAAAAAAGAUAUGUUGUUUACACCGUUGUUUUAAUUUUCCCAAUUGCGUAAUUGUUGCCCGCCGGGGCGUCAUUUAGGUUUAGCCAUACUAAACUCUGGCGCCCGUUUCUCGAAGGUCCCGAAAAGUUUUCGCACCCGGAAAGCCGUAGCAAAAUCUCAAACCUUAUGGUUA